GUCUGUUUGGCUGUCCCGUCAACCAGCGGAACAGGGAAGGUUUGACCCGACUACAGGCAUCUUGCGCGUCCGUUUUUUGACCCGUCACUUCCAUGCGCUUUGUCCCCUGGUGCCCUGCGUGCCUGCCAGUCCCGCGAGCUCGCAACUGCCAUUCUGGACGAAGUACAUACAUACAUUGCCACAUUGCGCUGCCGGUGGACGCGUUGGUACUCCUGGGAUUCGCCCAUAUUACCCGACAUCCCGCUUACGGUUUACCGAUGGGGGGCGUUCUGGGGAUGGCUGCGGAUGCACUUUGCAGAUUCCCCGACCUCCACGGCAGUGGGGACUGGGGGACUUGGCUGGUGGAUCUUCGAGGGAGGCUCCCCCCACCCCCUGCCCACGCCAUGGCGGACCCUGCCCGUGCCUGCCCACGCGGGGGCCCCGAGAAAAUGGAUGGUUCGUGCCUUCCCCGUGGAACGUGUGCCGAAGUUCGGAGGGGCCACUGGCAGCUGACAUGCAAAAAGCCUCGCUCUGGAACCGCUCUUUCUUCGGGCGAAUAUGCAACGCACCAAUGUUAUCCAGGCAACAGCCAGUCAGAUGAUGUUGGGAAAAAUGCAGCCCCCCCAAGUCGUGCAGAUUUCUGGGUGCUCUUCCCGUCGCUCCGUCUUGUCAACGGAGCCGCUAGGCUAAGAGUAGAAAGUGCAGGGAACCUUGACCAGAGGUUCCACGGCCUUCGAACCGAUCGGCAGCAGGAUUUGCUCAAUUUGUUGCUUCCACCGUUGCCCCACUGUCGUUAAAAAUCGAUGGGUAAAUUGAAGUCGGGCAGAAUAUUCCGGGCUGCCACCGCUGCGGAGACGGGCACAUGACAUCACUUGGAACCUGCAGGAUUUCGAGUUGGUCUCAGCAAGCGAGGAGCGAGACCGGCAAGGUCGGCACGGCCCUGCUACGCUCGGAGGAAGAGGGCGCGCCCGCCCGCCACAGCCGGCGCCCACGGACGACGACGAGAGCCGUGACAGCUACACGGUUCGUCCAAACGCGCCUCCAA